GUGACACUGAUGCCAAGGUUACACAAAACACUCCCAAUGUCCUAAGCUGCACAGAAAGACGAACCUUUUGGCUGAGUUGGGAGAAUGGCUUAGUACAGUUAGGGAGUGGGCUCGUUAAAGGAUCGAGUUCAAUGUUGAUCCAGUGGCAAGACACUGAUGCAAUGUUCCGUCCAAGACAUAUGGCUGUUUCGACAGAGCAGGGCACUAAGGGACACUGGAUGUUUUAUAAUGUCGAAGCUGCUGUAGAUAAGUUCAUCCAGAACGAAGACCAGGUAGAUCAAGUAAUAGAGACUUUGACAAAUCUCUCCAGGAAAAGCAAGGAGGAACCAGUUUCCCUGCUAAGAUUCUCAAAUUCUAGAAUUGAUUUUGAUGAUGAUAACGUCUAUUUCCAAGCAACUGUGCAACCACUUCCAAUCAUUCUUGAAGAACGUAGAAACAAAGAUUAUAUCGUUCCCUCUGCUCAGAGACUGUAUGGAAUCAUCCAGGAUCUUGUUUACAGUGGCCAAGUUGAUGUCCAAUUUAAAUAUGGGAUGCGAUUAGGAGCAAGUGAAAUAAGAAAGGUCAUCCCAACAGACCCCAACAAUUUUAAUGAUCCAUAUGUUAGGAGAUUCACCAAGGACGCUAGUCGAGUAUUAUUUGUUGAUAAAUGGACAGUUGAUACCGGACUAACUAUACAGAAAUGUGCAAUGAGGUGUUUAACUGAAACAAGGAUAAAAUGUGAAUCAUUUGAUUAUUGCUCAAACGUCGGAGAGUGUAUGCUGAGUGAUAAACAUAGAGCAGAUGGGGAAAAUACAGGCUCAUACAGAAACCAUAGUUACUGUGACCAUUAUUCAAAGUCGUACAUCGCGCUCAACUUUGAGAAGGCUCCAGGGCGAGUUCUCACAACAUUUCCAGGCGAGACAAAGAUUUACUCUGGACUCUCGGCAGAAUCAUGUGCUAAAGUAUGCAUCGAUGAGACUCACUUUAAAUGUGAAUCAUUUGACUAUUGCCCAUCAUCUGUAUCUUGUACGCUUAAUACAAGGCACAAAGAUUCAACUAAUGCUGUGAUGGUGAACAGAACCGAUUGUUCUCAUUAUUCAAAAGCGUUUCUGGGCAAGUUUCGUGAAGAUCCUGCUUCUUAUCUGAUUGGAUACGAAGAGACAGUUAUACAUGGAAUAGGCAAAGAAGCAUGUGCUAGAACCUGUCUGCAGGAGACUAGUUUUAACUGCAGAAGCUUUAACUAUUGCCCGACAGACGACGGGAAGGGGACCCCUUCGUGUUUAUUGAAUACGCAUACUAAAGCUGAUGUACGCGGUGAUAAGUUUGUAUCAGAUCCAAAUUGUUCAUACAGCGAAAGGGUGGAUGCACAAUCUGUCGCAAUACGACCAAAAACAUUACAAUAUUCAUCAGGGCAAAUGGCGGGUUUAGGCAUCGGUAUGUUACUAUUAGGAACAUUGACCGGCACUGGUAUUCUGUUUGCGUUAGUCUUCUUUCUUAGAAGAUAAAGACUGUUCAAAGAACGCCUACAUUGCGAUCAAUGGCUUUGACAGGAGCCAUUAGACAUUUGGAUUGAUAAAAGUAUUUUCAUACAGGAUAGAAAAAUAUAUCGCUGUAUAUGUAGCAAUAAUGUAUCUGUAUUACUGUAAUUGCAGAUUUUUUAAUAAAUUAAUAUUGUGUUUUA